CUAGCGCUUUGGCAUUUUCAGUUGUCUGUCACUGCUCCGAUAAUCGCCGCUGAUCCGAGAUCGACGAUGCUGUCGUCCAUGUUUCUGUGGUGUUUGAAUGAUGCCCUGACGGAAGAAACCUACAAUGCUGAACUGGCAGGUCUGAAGUGUGAACUUGAGCUAGGAACCUUUGGAACAAAUCUAAAAGUGACAGGGUAUGACGAGAAGCAACCGUUGUUUGUAGAACACCUAGUCAAGCGGAUGACCGACUUCAAGCCAGGUCUGUUGAAAGUCUGCUAUUGA